AUGCAGUCUCAAAUUGAAAGUGAACAUUUAGCAUUACGUACAAAUCUUAUUUCAGUUGAUCGACCAGAUUCAUCACAGGUAGAACAUCUUGUUGAUCUUCAUGUUUAUAUAAUACCAAAAAAUAUUUGGAAAAAUCGUCAAAAUUUAGCAGAAAAUGAAACAAUGGAACAAGCUAUAUCAGCUGGUUUUGUUCAUGUACCACAAAAUUUAACUAUACAUGAACUUCGUCAAAUUAUUUUUAAAAUUUGUGGUCAAGAUGAUCAAUUUCCUAAAGAUUUUAUUUAUCUACGAAGUGUUGGUCGAUGUUUAACUAAAGUAAAACCUCAACAAGAAACAGAUCUACGAGUGAAAAAUUAUCGACCACCGAUGACAUUUGCACCGGAAAUUUAUAUUCUAGAAGGACACCAUGAUGAUGAAUCCUCAACACCAACCAAUACAAAAGCUUAUAUUUUUCGUGAAUCACCUAUUCAUCGAUCAUUAAUGACUCCAUCACAGUUGACUACAAAUCGUCAACAAAGUUGGGUCAGACCAAAUGCUGUUCCAUCGUUACAGUCAUCAACAGCAACAUAUCGAUCAUUGGUUCAUUCUAGUGAACGAAAAAAUUCAACAAAUCUUAAUGGACCUGCUAUUUCUUCAUAUUCAAAAGAGUUAGCAAAAUUAAGAGAAGAACAAGAACGUCUUCGUUUACGUCAAAUUGAAUUAGCUCGACAACGACGUGAAAUUGAACUAGAACAACAAAGACGUGAAAAAGAAUUACGUGAAAAACAAGAAAAUUUAUCUCGAGAACAACGACAAAAAGAAGAAAAAGAAGCAGCUAUUCGAAUUCAAGGAGCUUAUCGAAAUUAUCGAAAUCGACGUAAAUUAAAAGAAAAACAACUACGACAACAUGCUGCCAAUGAACUUGAACGUUUACAAAAAGAGGCACGGGAAUUAACUCGUCGUAAAGCUGAAGAAGAGCAUGUAGAAGAACUCAAUGCUCAUGAUGUUGUGAAACUUUCAGAUCAUCUUCAAGAACUAAAAACAAAACGUACUGCAUUAGAAGCAGCUCGUGAAACAAUUAUUCGUCAAAUGCAACAGUUACAUGCUCAAAUUGCUGUUCGUCGAAAAGAAGAAAGAGAUUUAUGGAAACAAAGAUAUCUUAUUGAAAAGAAAAAAACAGCUGCACUUGAAGAACGAGGUCGAAUGACAUUGAAUGAACAAUCAGAUAUAAAUACUGAAAUUGAACAAGCUAAAAUUCGUUUGAAUAAUAGCACAAAACUUCGACAGCAAGCUGAAAAUGAAUGUCAUCUUUUAAGAGAAGAAUUACAACAAAUUCGUACAAAUAUGAAUAAUUUAGAAAACCAACCAUUAUCAAAACAACCAUCUCCUGUACAACAAAAACAACAAACUAUACCAAUUUCUCUUGACAUCACAUUGCAAUAUUAA